CAAAUGGCAUUUACCGGCUCAGAGCAGGCGGAGACACCGGGGGAGGAAAGCAGGCAGGCAAGGAGAGCGGACAGGAGAGGACACACCACAACCGCAUAUCUGUCGCUUCUUCUUCUUUUUUUGUUACAUUUCGACGUUUCCCGAGAUUGGACUCAUUUUUUCCAUCUUUAAUCCCGACUGAAAUCAAUGAAGGAGAGACGCUCGUGUCAGAAGUUAUCUCUGAAAUCCGGCAUGGAUCCCAGUCAGAGUGUGAAGUGUAAGAUAGUGGUGGUGGGGGACAGCCAGUGCGGGAAGACUGCGCUGCUUCACGUGUUCGCCAAGGACUGUUUCCCAGAGAGCUACGUCCCCACAGUGUUUGAAAACUACACGGCCAGUUUUGAAAUCGACACUCAGAGGAUUGAGCUCAGUUUGUGGGACACUUCAGGAUCUCCAUACUACGACAACGUGAGGCCCCUCUCCUAUCCAGACUCAGAUGCCGUCCUCAUCUGUUUCGACAUCAGCCGCCCUGAAACGCUCGACAGCGUACUGAAAAAGUGGAAGGGAGAGAUCCAGGAGUUUUGUCCUAACACAAAGAUGCUAUUGGUUGGCUGUAAAUCAGACCUGCGCACUGAUCUGAGCACACUCGUGGAGCUGUCCAACCAUCGACAGACUCCAGUUUCUUACGAUCAGGGCUCCAGCAUGGCCAAGCAGAUCUCGGCGCCCUACAUCGAAUGCUCGGCUCAGCAGUCGGAGAACAGCGUCAGAGACAUUUUCCACGUGGCCACGUUGGCCUGUAUCAACAAAAACAACAAAAAUGUGAAACGCAGCAAGGCCGCCCGUGCCAACAAGAGGAUUUCACACAUGCCCGGUCGGCCCGACCUGGCUGCCGUGGCCUCGGACCUCCGGAAGGACAAAGCUAAAAGUUGCUCGGUCAUGUGACUGAUCAGACUGAGGAGGACGGAGCACAGAGCAAGCAGGACGCUACGGGGCGGCGCUCUAUCCUGCAUGCUAAACGCCCCUUAUUUGUCUGGAAAGGGGGUUUAUAAGCUUCUAUUCAUGUACAUGUUACUGGAAUACUCUGCACCAAUGAAAACUCAAUGCGUAGUAGCGUCCCAAUCGAUGUGGCUCCCCCCACCCCACCAGACGAGGAAGCUAUCUAUCAGCGGGCUACCUACUUGGGGAAGUGAUGGCUUCCUUUGGGAGGACAGAGCGGAUGCAGUCAAGGCUUUCCUCAGCGACGGGAAAUGAGCAGGACGAGUGAUGUCAUUAGGAGAUGCUCAUUUGUAACCGAAGGUUUUAAGAACAUAUGAUCUUUUGAAUGAGAGCCAAAGCUGGUGAUGGGGGGGUUUUCUGCCUGGGAGGAAAAGGAGGAGCUGCUGUUGUUUGUGCCGGAUCAAAGACUUCUUGCUUGGAGGGCUUACACAACAACUCGUCACUGUGGUUGGAACUGAUUCUCUCUCACCCCUGCUCCUGUAGCUGUUCGUCUGUGCAGAGGAGAUUACAAGAGGAAUUUCUUAGUCCUGCGUAAACGGAAACCUGACGCUGUGUCCCCCGUCUCUGAUAUGUUGUCGGUAUAAUGUGAAGUCAUUGGUGUGUAACCGCGUCAUUGUUUUAUUUUAGCUUCAUCCUGAUGAGAUCCGCGCUGAACAGCUGAUCUUAAUCUAGCUGAUCCCAUUCUGUCGCCUCAACAGCUGUACACACAGAAUGACUGUAUGAAGAUACUAUUUUCCACACUGACUGGUUCAUGGACUCCAUAAACAAGAAGGUUGAAAACUGUUCCGCCUUUAGGGUUUGCCUAACAGCUUCUUAUGUCCACAUGGUGAACAAAUUUGUCUAACAUUUUCUCUCUGAAUAGAAAUGCCAUAUUUUAAAACCCUUUAGUGGAUUCUAAAUGGGCCGGAGACCUUUAGCUGACCAACACUCAGCCAGUGAAAAUUUGACUAACUCUAAAUGAGGACAUCUAUGAGGCUGACAGCCUGUUUGAGCUGUGAAUCACUGUUCCACGUCACUUUAAAGAAGGGAGCGGAGCUGAUAACGCAACGAUUAAAGCUUGUUUAUUAGGCUCUGAAACACCAGAGCACCUGGCUUUUCCUUUCCCUGAGGUUGCACUGACUCUGCUGUUGUUGGGGAAAAAAAUCCUCAUUAAGGUCCGGUCACACCAGUAGUAGUUUAACGUGGUGGCACUUAGCAGUAAAAUCAAUUUAUUCAAAUGGAAUUGCUGCAGUUUGUGGCUUUGGAGGUUUAUAUUUGAACAGUUUGCACCAAUAGCAGGCUACAGCCUAUUAGCCAACUAUGAACGGUCUCAACAGUGUGGAGUUGGAGGGAAAAGGAAGCUACUCUUUGUAACUUAUUAGCCAAGUUUUAUUUAAGCUCCUCUCUGAGUUUAAACUGCUGCACAAAAGAAGUUUCUAGAUAGCUGCAAGACAGAUUCAACUAUAUUAGCCUCCUAGCUAUUGAGCUAAUGCACCAGCUAACUGAAAAACUUCCUAGCUAUUCAAACGCUCAGUGUAAUAAAAGAAACGGUACACAGUUGACAGAGAGAAGACUGCUACUGGCAUACUGAAAACAAACAAUUUUCCUUAACCUUGCAGUUUACCUUUAUGUUAGCCCAAAUAGCUAGCAUGUUAGCUGUUAGCUCAGUAGCUGCAGUAAAUUCCCAGUUAAACCUUGUAUUUCUGCACACCACAGAGGUAUAGUUAUUAUUAUGCUGCUUUUGUAGGCCAAGGUAUCCCAUUUCAAGUCCCUAGUUACAUAUUUGGGGCAUGUACACUGCUAUCCAGUGUGGAAACUGUUGCCCUUGUAGCUUUCCACAUAUUUUACAAAGCCACACGCAUGACUUUCACUGUGACCAGACCUUAACUCAGAUUGGAUGAUGGUAUUCCCCCCCCACACAGUUUCAAUAGUAUCAGGACAUUUCAGUUUCAGGACCUCUGAGGCUCAUUUAAAAUUCAGUAUAUCGCCGUGUAAACAGAGAAUAGGUGUCAAUAUGAAAAUGAGACUUUCUCUCAAGCCCUGAGAAAACAAUGUUUAUGAAUUAGUGUUAUUUUCCUUGGAACAACAGUGCAAUUCAGAGGCUGUUGAAAGCGUUGAUGCACUUUUAAUGUAACUUUCAUCUUACCAAUUAGCUUGUUCAAAUGCCAGUGCUGUCACAUUUGGCAGCUCGGAGCCCCGACUCUUCAUUUUCUAAUCUGUCGUCCCCUCCCUGUGUACACAACCAUGUUUUCUUGAAUGUUAAUGUCACCUUCAAAAUGUCUUUGCCAAUGUUGUUGCCUCAAUAUUUAUUGAAUUAUAUAUUUUCCCUUUAGAAUAAAUGCAAUUGGAAUUGAA